UGAUCUCUUUUACAGAAAGCCAAUGUUUUUCAAUUCAAUAGUUUGAGGAAAUCUGAUUUGCUCCGAUUCAUUAAAAACGUCUUCCUCUAUUCAGAUCUUUGAUCGUUUAACACGAAACAUACACUAUUCGAGCACUUGUUGCGAACAAAAAUUUAUUUUCAAUGGCAAUUGGUAAGAAGGCAAUGUAUAACUUUAAUCCGAAUCGUCGAUUGCCGUCUUUCUUCUAAAGAAAUGCCGCAUGUUAAUUGUAUUGCAAGGCGAAAUUGAAUCAGGUUUCCGUGCAAUUUCUCUACGGUUUUAAUAAACUUUCAGAGUAAAUUUUAUAUCAAUGCUUGGAUAUUAUUAAAAAUAAUAUCUAAAAAUUGUGAGCUUAUUAGUUUCUAUUUAACUUGCUUCCGUUGAACAUACACAUCUGCACACCUGAUCACGCUGAAAUUUUGCAAGCUUUUAUGUGUAUUCGCAAUAGCGAAUAAGUUUUUCACCUUUUUGUUUAUUGAUAUGGAAGCUUUUUCUUAAAAGCUUUUUUUCUUUUUUUAAUUUACUUUAAGAGAAAAAAAAGUUUAAAAUAUGGUUGAUCAUAACUAUGAGGCUCUAACAAAUACGAAUCGAUCCUUUUCUUCUUUCGUUUCAUUUCGCCCACUGUCUGUUAUGGCUGAAGAGAAAAUAAAUUGUCAAAAUAUAGUUGCCAAUAAUUUAGGAGGUCUAGCAAAGAUGGAUCGUUUCCUAAAUUCUUCCGGUUUUGCGUCGUCCUUACUUUUUUUAUUUUCUUUCUUUUAUUCUAAAAUUUGGUUUUGACACGAUCUGCUUUUAAUUUCAAAAAUGAAAUUCAAAAAAGAAAAGCAUCUCCCCUGUAAACAUCAAACAACAAGGAGAAUAGACGAUAUCGCGGCGCCAAUGCAAAUCCAAAUAUUUUAUUCACUAUUUCUGCACAUUUUGGUAACUUGGUAGCCCGAAAAGAACUUUGGCUUAGAAAGCACAAAGAAAAUAAAAAAAAUUUACAGAGCGAUAUGUGGUACCCGUUGCCAGCUUACUUCCAUUAUUACCUUCAAAGAAUUCUUUUACAGACAUGGCGAUCACAAGAACAAUAACUUUACCAUAGUAUAGAAGUACUUGUCCUUAUUGGGAUUUAACAAAAAUGUAACCGCCAGAUCACUCCUUAAUAUAUUUUUCGUCUUCUAAUCAAAAAUUCUGUCAGAUUGUUUUCAGAGCAGAUUAGCGCUUUUAUGGAAUUUGAAAACAAUUAGAAAUGAUGCUUAACUCCGGCAAUUCAAAGCAAAAUCUUUUCGCAACGCAGGACGUCUCGCAUACAACGGACUGUUUGCUAUCGCAGUUAGUUGCGGCUUAGCGCAGAGGGCAGUGGCAUGAAAUGUGCAUAAAACCCCUAACUGCCUUUAAUGUUAAUUUGAUAAAUUGCGGCUUUUUGGUAGUAAACAAUCAAAUCCGCUGGACGUUACAGAUCAUCGCUGCUGAUCAUUGUUUUCUUUUACAAUUGGCUCUCUCCACCUGCGUUCAACUUUCAAGCAAGAGCAUUUUAGUUACUGGUUUUGCAAGCUAUCUAUAAUAAUAGGUACACAUGUUCAAAUCUCUGCUUAAUUAAUGAAACCACUGCACCAGAAAUGUCUAGUUCCCGAGCCUCAAAGCAAUCAAUAAAUUCAAACCAUUUUUCACAUAAAGCCCUAACAUACUUUCAUAUGUUAUAAGCCUGUGAACGUUGUAAAAAGCGCUACUUGGUCCAAACUUUUUCAAAAGACAUUCAGUUCUUAGUAUUAAGGGAUAAGCAAAUAGAAGAGUUUUUUAUUUUUAUAUUAGAGUAAUUGCUCAGGGCGCAUCUCCCCCCACACAUGAAGGCUUGUACGUAGAGGGAGGAGAGUAGGGGAAGUAGUAAUUAUGUACAUUCGACUCGACUUCAGUGGAAACAUUCGGAAGUACGAUGGAAGAGCGGCGAGUCGCGGCAAUUUGUUGUGCGUUUUGCAUGCAACUUCAAAACGUGUGGAUAAGCCCUCUAAGUCGUCUCGUAAAGAGUAUUGAUCGAUGGGCGAAUCUCUUUAACCACCUUAGUAAACUUUCACUGCAUGCGCCUCCAGGCACCAAGUACAACAGAGCCCAUGUUACGCUGAAGCUCAAAGGUUGUAAAGAUAUUUCACGCAGUCUUGUCAUACUUGGGUAAGAAUGCAAAGCAAAAACUUAGCCAAAUAUCUCGUUAAGUAAGUAAAACCUCUUACAUUUUUUCUCUUGUCUCUCGACAUUUUCAUCAAGGCAUUAGCAUCAAGACAAACGCAUUCUCUUUCCUUUCUUUUUCAUACAUCUCAGCAUAGCCUAAAAGCUUUAAUAUGUGUUUAUUUGCUUUAGUACUUGUUUGAUGUUUGGUGAAAAAUUAUAAAAACAGAAUCUUUGAAGACAUUUAAUAAAACAAUCAAUCUAACAAAAAUAUAAAAGAAAAGGAAGUUUCAGAAUUUAAAAUAUGACCGAAAUGAGUGCAACCAUCAAACUCAGCACAGAGACGAAGCAGAACGCAUCACCGCCAAACGUUGAAGUGGUCAUCGAUGAGAAGGCAAGAAGAGCAAGUGAAAAAAUGUUGCGAGCCCAAAAAAAACAAGAAAUCUAUAAUAACUUUGCCACGCCUUUGAUUGGUACAUUUUUGAAUUUAACAAACGAGCCAGCGUUAAUCAAAUGUCCCAGUUGCAGCGUAGAAGGAAUGAGUCAAGUAGUUGAUGAAAUUAAAUGGUGGGCAACUGAAAUUAAUCGCUCUCUCGCCUGUCUAUUUGUAGCAUUUUGCUGUUGUUGUUGCAUGGAUUAUAAAAUACCUUGUAAACAGAGCGAUCGAAAUCAUUAUUGUAGAAAUUGCGGCUGUUAUUUUGGACGAACAAUGAGAAUAGAGCCCUAUAGAAAGACGAAAAAACUGACAGAGCAAUGAUGAGAAAAUUCAUUUAUAAAUGAAUUCCUGUCACGAUGCAAUUUUCGUACAUUAGAUAUCAUUUUUCAUUUUAAAAAAUAAAUAAAAAAAAUUCUUAAGCUUUCUGCUCUUAAAUAAUCUCUUAAAAGAAAAUUAUCUCUUCUCUCUUGUAUUCUGAUUAGGUUGCCUAUAUUAUUAUCCCUAUGCCUAUAGCAUUUUCCUAAAACAUAUUUUCAUUUAGUUGAAGAAAACGUUUUAUUGUACGUGCUCUACAAAAUCGUGACUUUUUCACCACAUCGUGCAUUUUAAGCAACAAAG